AUGGACUCGAAGUCUUUAAGAUUCAUAAUCCACCAAUCAUUCUUCUUUGCCGUGCGAUCUGGGGACCUUGAGUCCCUCAAGAACCUUAUCCAGAAUGAAGGGUCUGACCCAUCUUCUUUAAUGGCCAUUCAGAAUGAUGAAAAGGAGACUGCUUUAUACAUAGCCGCGAAGAAUAAUUUCAUUGAAAUUUUCAGAUAUUUGCUUGGCUUUUGUGAUCUGCAGAUUGUUAUGAUCAGAGCCAAAUCAGAUAUGAAUGCUUUCCACGUUGCCGCAUCAUGCGGCCACCUGCAAAUUGUGAAGGAACUUCUUGGGAGAUGGCCUGAACUCUGUAAAAUAUGCAACUCAUCAAACACAAGCCCUUUAUAUUCAGCUUCUGUGCAGGGUCAUCUGGAUGUUGUAAAUGCCAUAUUAGACACUGAUGUGAGCUCAAUAAGAAUUGUAAGGAAGAAUGGGAAAACUGCAUUGCACACAACUGCAAGAUAUGGCCUCUUACAUAUUGUAAAAGCACUUAUUGAAAGGGAUCCAGGAAUUAUCUCCAUCAAAGAUAAGAAGGGCCAAACUGCGUUGCAUAUGGCUGUGAAAGGUCAGGAUACUUCUGUAGUAGAGGAAUUGCUGGAAUCUGAUCACUCAAUAUUAAAUGAACGUGACAAGAAGGGUAAUACAGCUGCGCAUAUAGCCACACGGAAAAAUCGUCCUCAGAUUGUUAGCCUUUUGCUGACGUUCAGAUCUAUUGAUGUUAAUGUCAUAAAUAAUCAACGUGAAACUGCAAUGGACAUAGCCGACAAACUCCAAUAUGGAGCAUCAGCUUUGGAAAUCAAGGAAGCUCUAGUAGAGGCUGGUGCCAAGUAUGCCAGGCAUGUUGGCCAAGUUGAUGAAGCAACGGAACUCAAAAGAACUGUAAGUGAUAUUAAGCAUGAAGUGCACUCCCAACUCAUACAGAAUGAGAAAACCCAGAGACGAGUUUCUGGUAUUGCCAAAGAGCUAAAGAAAAUUCAUAGAGAAGCAGUCCAAAAUACCACAAAUUCUGUGACAGUGGUUGCCGUUCUUUUUGCUUCCAUAGCAUUCCUUGCUAUAUUCAACUUGCCCGGUCUAUACGUGACAGAGGGACCAGAAGCAGGGAAAGCCCUUAUUUCCAAAACUAUAGCAUUUCGAGUUUUCUGCCUUCUUGAUUCCACGGCCUUGUUCAUUUCUCUAGCUGUUGUCGUCGUUCAGAUUACCCUUGUUGCCUGGGACACAAGAGCUCAGAAACAAGUUGUCUCAGUUGUGAACAAACUAAUGUGGGCUGCGUGCAUUAGCACGUGUGGGGCAUUCUUAGCAAUAGCAUUUGUGGUCGUGGGGAAGAAAAGCUCGUGGAUGGCUAUCACUAUAACUGUGUUGGGUGCACCUAUUCUAGUCGGGACUCUGAUUAGUUUAUGCUACUUUGUCUUCCGACAACAUUUUGGAACUUUUGGUAGCGAUUCGCAGAGGCGCAUCAAACGUGCAAGUGGAAGCAAAUCUUUCUCGUGGUCAUAUUCUGCAAAUAUUUCUGAUUUGGAUGACUACAACUCUGAUGAGAAAAUUUACGCCCUGUGA